AUGGCUUCACGAUCAGAAGCUCCUGAUAUUAAUAUUGAAGCCGAAUAUUGUCCAGAAGCUGUGAUUGAAUGGUACCGUAUAACAAGAUUAAAAGAUAAUAAAAAAGGUGCUCGUAGAAAGGAUUUGAGUUUGAAAGCAAAACAACAUCUUGUUUUUUUAGGGUGGACACUUUGGUAUAUCGAUAAAAAGUGUAAAUGGGAAAUGCGUUAUACUUCGCCUAGGAAUGGAAAACAUUAUACCACUCUUAAGAAUGCAUGUGAAAGUUGUAUUAAAGAUGGAAGUUGUUUCGUUCAAGACCCUUCAACUUCUCUACAAGCACCACCUACAAUAGUUUCUUCGAAGACAAGAAAGCGAUUGAUAUAUUAUAAAGAAUACGAUCAAUCAAGUUCGAGCGAUGAUUAUGAAGAUAAUGAUACUAUAACUUCAACUUCAAAGGAGGAUGAGGAAUAUGCGAAUCAAGGUGAAUCAGAAGUUACUAGUAGAAUGGAGAAUGUUUCGGAAGGUUGUAGCAAAAGAGGGAAGGUAUUGAAUAUGAGUGUAAGGAAAAGGUGCACACUUGUUUAUUGGUUGAUAGAGAAUCAAGUUUUGGAUUCAGGGACUAAUGUGAUAUGCCGUGGUGGUAAUGAUAUCGUCAAAAAAGGGAAAAUAUUUUGUGAUGGUAUAAUUUGUGAUUGUUGUCAUGAUAAUUUCAAUAUGACUGCAUUUGAGGCUCAUGCUUGUUGUACAAGGCAUAGACCAUCGACUAGUAUUUGCUUAGAAGACGGGAGAUCGUUGUUGGAAUGUCAAAGAGAAGCUUUGAGUUCACGUUGUGAAAAGGAGAAUCGUUUUAUUGGCGAAGAAAAAUUAGAAAGAUAUAAUGAUACUUUUUGUUUAGUUUGUGGUUUAGGAGGUGACAUAAUACUAUGUGAUCAAUGUCCUUCUUCGUUUCAUCUUGGUUGUUUAGGUCUUGGUCGAGUUCCGGAUGGUGAUUGGUUUUGUCCAACUUGUUGUUGCAAAAUAUGUUAUCAACCUAAAUGCAAACAAGAAGAAUGUGUGGAUCAAAGGGAUGAUAACAUUAUUAUUAUUUGUGUUCAAUGUGAGCAAAAAUUUCACUAUGGAUGCUUAAAGGCUAUAGGAUUCGGUGACAUGGAGAACAAUGGUGAAAAGAAGAAUUGGUUUUGUAGUGUGGAUUGUGGGAAAAUAUUCUCAUGUCUAAAGAAUAUGUUAGGUAAGCCAAUCAAGAUUGCAAAUAAUCUAACUUGGACAUUGUUUAAGAAUGUGAGUAAUGGUCAAAAUGAGAGUAAGUUGAAUGAGAUUCUUGGUGUAUUGCAGGAGAGUUUCGACCCGAUUGUUGAUGCUAUAACAAAAAGAGAAAUGAUUGAAGAUGUUGUUUUUAGUAGAUACUCAGAACAUAAUCGGUCUAACUUUAGUGGUUUCUAUAAUGUGAUUUUAGAGAAAAUGGGUCAAGUGAUUUCUGUGGCAACUAUAAGAAUUUAUGGUCCAAAGGUUGCGGAGAUAGUUUUUGUGGCUACCAAAAAACAACAUCGAAGACAAGGAAUGUGUUCGUUGUUGAUGGAUGAGCUUGAGAAGUGGUUGACCUGCUUAGAAAUAAGGAGCUUGGUUUUGCAUUCCUCUAAAAGUACUAUAAACACCUGGACAAAAUCAUUUGGAUUUGAUAUAAUGUCAGGUAAUGACAAGUGUCAAUUUAUUAAUCAUACUUUUUUAGAGUUUCAGAAUACUAUUAUGUGUCUUAAAUCACUUAAUAGACGAAUACGACGCUAA